GCGCUGCGGGCCGUUGGGAGGGCCGGCGCCAUCUUGGGCCCUGUGCGAGCCGGGAGCCGAGCGGCGGCGGCGGGAGGAAGCGGCGGGCCCUAGCGGCGAGUACUGCGUGGGGGGCUUUGCCCCGCCGGCCGCCCGCGGCAAGGAAGGCGGGGCUCGGCGGCUCGCCAUGGACAGCGAGUACUACGGCGGGGAGCAGUCAGAUGAUGGCGGAGCUACUCCAGUGCAAGACGAACGAGAUUCAGGAUCUGAUGUUGAAGAUGAAGUAAAUGAGCAGCAGUCUGGAUCAGAGAAUGGAAGUGUAGUAGGACACCCUUCAGAGAAUGAACACAGUGAUGGAGAAGAUGAUGGGCAAAUAGUAGAGGCACAUGAGACAGACUCUGAAAAUGAAGAUAUCCCAAGGCAAAAAGACAGUGACUCAGAUAAUGAGGAGCCUCCAAAUCACAAUGUGAGUGAUUCAGACAAUGAAGCAGCUCAUGAAGGCAAAGACAGUGAUUCUGAUACUGAGGACCGUCCAAAUCGGCCUUUAAGUGACUCUGAAAAUGAAGAUGCUUUAAAUCAUCGAGCGAGUGACUCUGAAAAUGGAGAACCUCCCAGAGAUCACAGUAGUGAUUUUGAAAAUGAGGAAUCACACAAGCAGCCAGCCAGCGACUCGGAAAGUGAAUUGAUCCAGAAGCAGCCAGCCAGUGACUCUGAGAGUGAGGAACUCCACAAGCAGCCAGCCAGUGACUCAGAGAGCGAGGAGGUUUCCAGACACAAACAAGCAAUAGAGUCUGAGGAGAGUGAUGGGGAGGACAAGAAGGAGGAGGUGCAGAAUGAUUCUCAUCACUCAGAUACUGAUCACGUAAAGGAAGGAUUUCAGGGCUCUGACAGUGAAGAGGAAGCUCCUAAGAGAAGGAAAAUAUCAGACAGUGAUGAAGAAGAGAAAGAGGAGGAGAAAACAGUAAAGAGGAAAACAGCUAUCCUUUCUGACAGUGAGGAUGACAACGAGAAAACACCAGCUGCAAAAAAAGUACGAAUCCUUUCUGAUGUGGAAGAAUCAGAUAGUGAUGCACCUUCGGAGAAAUCUGGCAACAGGAAGAAAAGUAUUGUGUCAGAUAGCGAGGAAGAAGAAGAAGAAAGAAAAGAGAAUGAUGGGAAGAAAAAAGAAGAGAAAGAUCUGUUUGGCAGUGACAGUGAAUCUGGAAAUGAACAAGAAAACCUGAUUGCAGAUAUAUUUGGAGAGUCUGGUGAUGAGGAGGAAGAGGAAUUUACGGGUUUUAAUCAGGAAGAUUUGGAGGAAGAGAAAGGUGACACAGACAUGAAGGAGACAGCAGAUGAAUCUGACUCUGAUGAUAACAUCAAAAGAGGGAAGCAUAUGGACUUCAUGUCAGAUUUUGACAUGAUGUUGCAAAGAAAGAAGAGUAUGAGCGGCAAGCGCAGACGAAAUCGAGAUGGUGGAACUUUCAUUAGUGAUGCAGAUGAUGUGGUCAGUGCUAUGAUCGUGAAGAUGAAUGAGGCUGCUGAGGAGGAUCGACAACUGAAUACACAAAAGAAACCGGCACUAAAGAAAUUAACUCUGCUACCAACUGUAGUUAUGCAUCUUAAAAAGCAGGACCUCAAAGAAACUUUCAUUGACAGCGGUGUUAUGUCUGCCAUCAAAGAGUGGCUUUCCCCUCUUCCAGACCGAAGUCUGCCAGCACUAAAGAUAAGAGAGGAGCUUCUGAAGAUCUUGCAAGAGCUGCCCAGUGUGAGCCAAGAGACCCUGAAGCACAGUGGCAUUGGACGAGCUGUAAUGUACCUCUACAAACACCCCAAAGAGUCAAGACCUAACAAGGAUAUGGCAGGGAAGCUGAUCAACGAGUGGUCUCGACCCAUCUUUGGCCUGACAUCAAACUAUAAAGGCAUGACAAGGGAAGAAAGGGAGCAGAGAGAUUUGGAACAGAUGCCUCAACGAAGGAGAUUGAGCAGCUCUGGUGGUCAGACUCCUCGCAGGGACCUGGAGAAAGUGUUAACUGGAGAGGAAAAGGCUCUUAGACCCGGAGACCCUGGGUUCUGUGCCCGUGCAAGGGUGCCAAUGCCCUCCAACAAAGACUAUGUGGUCAGGCCCAAGUGGAAUGUGGAGAUGGAGUCCUCCAGGUUCCAGGGGACCUCUAAGAAAGGGGUGAGUCGGCUGGACAAACAGAUGCGGAAAUUCACAGAUAUCAGGAAAAAAAGCAGAUCGGCCCAUGCAGUGAAAAUCAGCAUUGAGGGCAAUAAGAUGCCGUUGUGACCCUUCCCAGCAUACCCCAUGAGCUCUGCUGUAAGACAGUGCACCCAUGGACUCUUUGGAGACCUUGACAUUUUUUAACAGCUUCUUUGGGUUGAUUUUGGUUUUUUUUUUUUCAGUGAGUCUUUGAAUUGUUGGUUCAGGAUCUGGUGUAAGAUGUUGUCCGAGGACUGUGAAUAUGGGGACUUCUUUUUCUUGCUUGUAUUUAAACUUGCUUUAUUGUGUCCUUUGUACAGAUCAUGUAUUUGUUGUAUUGCAACACUUUAGACAAUAAAACAUCUUCUGUUUU